AUUUCCAGACUCAGAGAAACUGACUCCCAACCUGAAGAUACAAACUAAGGUGGAAUCACAGAGAUCCAUCACCAAUCAAAGCAAGAGGAUCUGCUACCAGCCCCUAAUAGACACAUUUUGUACAGCCAAGAACGAGAAGACAAGAGCAAAAGACUGAAAAGAGUUAGGUGAGAGGUCAUUGGUGGAACAUCUGAGAACUGAGCAACUCUCUGGUUAUGCUUGUAAGAUAAAAGGGAAAGAACUGAUUAGUGCCGGUUCUCAAGAGGAAAGGAUAGACGAGUGAUCAGCAGCAACAAGGAGGGACAAGAAGGUAUCCUAGAGGAAGAGAAUCUGAUAUAGACAAGAAAGAAGUUUCCAGAUCUUUGUGGUCCACCUCAAAAUGUUGUUUUUGACAAUUUUGUGUGUUUCCUGCCUGUUGUUGGGCACUCAGACUCAGAGCAGCGCUAGUUUUCACCGGGCGAAUGAUCGCAACGGCCGUUGUCAGUACAGCUUUAUGGUGGACAGUCCCACAGAGGUGAGCUGUCCAUCACCAGGUUCAAGCUCCGAGGUGGAGGCCCUGAAGUCUCGUCUGGGGCUGCUGGAGGCGCUGGUCACCCGACUGGUAGGAGGAGAUGCCAUGCCUGAGUUAUCACAGGGCUCUGGACCUCAGUCAGGCCUCCAGGAGGCUUACAACCAGAUGAUGGGGGAGAAUGCUCAACUCCAGAGAGAGAAGCAAAGACUGGACAGACAGGUCCAGGACCUUCAGGAGAGGAUGGAGGAGCUCCGUCAAGAGGCUGAGAGGCUAAGGAGCAGACCCUGCAUGCAGCAACCUCCUCCCAGAGUGCCGCAAAAUGACAAAAGCUUCAGACCAGGAUCAGGAUCUGCCCUCUCUCACCUGGUAUCCAGACCUGGGAAUACUCAAGGAGACACAAGCAGUUUAACAGAUCCUGCAUGGCAUAAUGAGUCUCCGGGAUAUCAGGAGCUGACAGCCGUGGUAACUGAAGUUUCUGCCCCAAAUCUAGAUGGUCCAGCAGACAUCACAGGCUGUGGUGACCUGGUGUGGGUAGGAGAACCUAAGAUGCACCGUAAGGCUGAUAGUAUUUCUGGUAAGUACGGUGUCUGGAUGCAGGACCCAGAAGCCACGGAACCUUACGGUCCAGAGAUGUUAUGGCGUAUCGACGCCGUGGGAUCUGAAGUGCGUCAACUCUUCGGGUAUGAAAACAUGGACCAGCUGACACGUGGCUUCCCCACCAAAGUCCUCCUCCUGCCAGAAGCUGUGGAGAGCACUGGCGCCACCAUGUACCAGGGCUCCUUGUACUACCAGCGAAGGCUCAGCCGCACACUUCUAAGAUAUGAUCUACUAUCCGAGAGCAUUGCCGCCCGUCGUGAUCUUCCACAUGCUGGCUUCCAUGGUCAGUUCCCCUACUCCUGGGGUGGCUACACAGAUAUUGACCUGGCAGUAGAUGAGAAUGGUCUCUGGGCCAUCUACAGCACCAACAAAGCCAAGGGCGUCAUUGUGAUCUCCCAGCUGGACCCUCACAGCUUGGAGGUGAGGGGCACCUGGGAGACUAAAAUUCGCAAGACAGCAGUGGCUAAUGCUUUUAUGAUCUGCGGCAAGUUGUACACGGUCGCUAGUUACACCUUGCCGAACACCACCAUAAAUUACAUGUAUGACACUGUGACCAGCCAGGGUAAAGCAAUCUCAGUGCCCUUCAAAAACCGCUAUCGCUACAACAGCAUGGUAGACUACAACCCGAUGCAGAGAAAGCUAUUUGCUUGGGAUAACCAUUACAUCAUAUCUUAUAACGUGAGGCUAGGCAAGCAGGAGUAAAGCGAUCAGUGUAAAUUCCAAAUUAUUAAGUGUUUUGUGAUGUUUUAUCAUGUUUUACCAGCCAUUGAAAUGUAGUUGCAUUUACUGAUAUGCAUAGAUAAUGACAGACUCUCAGUUGGACAAGUAUCAAUGUUCUAUAAUCAUUCAUGAUGCUGAUGCAAUGUUAAUACCAAAACAGCAGUGACUAUAUUGCACAUCUUUACAUCUUCAUCUGAGAUGCUCGAGGUAUGUUCAAAGACAUUCUUUUGACCAACACAUUACAAAAUGUAAAUUCUAAAGCGUCAUAUUACAUAUCUAGUCAUGUAUCAUGAUAAAAUGUUUUUGAGGUCAUGUUUUCUUUCUCACUGGAUUUGUCUACUCAUGUUAGAGAAAAUAUUUUUCUACCUUUGUAAGUGGUCUCAUUUUUUUAUGUUUACAGUACUGAAUACAGGUUCAAAGAAGGGGAAAAAUUAUAAAUGGCAUACAAUUAUUUAGUUAGCCUGCCACUGAAUUGAUCUAGUACAAAAAGAUGGACAACUUCAAAAACAACAAUAAAAUCUUGACCUUUUGUGUACACAUUCAAAUCCCUACAUUCUCUUCAUACUGUCCUAGCUUUGUAUAUGAUGAACAUUUCCCUUCUCUAUGAAUUUGCCUUUCAAGACAAUCACAUGCUGCUUGAGAUGUUAAGAUCUGGGAUCUUAUGGCUACUUCUCAGAACUGUACUAACUUAUGUGCAAAUACAUAUUAAAAAAAAAAUAAGA